CAUUAUCUUAUCAAGUCUGGGGCCGUUGGCCGAGGUCAUUUUUCCUGCCCGUCUGAGUGAAGUUAUACGAGAGGCGGAAAGGGAGCGCGAGCUAAGAGAGAUGGCAUGGAGGGGGCAUCUAUCUCGGAAUCUGAAGGAGCUUCGGAUCCUGUUCUGCCAAAGUUCGCUUGCAAGUGCUACUACCAGAGAGUUUGUUCAAAGGAAUUACAAGGACUUGAAGACACUGAACCCCAAGUUCCCAAUCUUGAUUCGUGAAUGCAGCGGUGUCCAGCCUCAGCUCUGGGUCAGAUUCGACAAUGGAGUAGAAAGAGGUUUCCACUUGGAAGGCCUAUCAGAAACACAGAUUGUGAAGGCACUUGAGGACCUCGUCAAAGUUGGAGCAGCCCUUAAAGCCUGAUGCCGCUGCUUCUUUGUUUCCUCUUAAUUGAAUAAAUAAUGUAUUCUUGGAACUUUGAUAGAACCACUUUCUGAUUUGUUGCCUAUUUGACUAUGUUUUUUAGCAGGACCAUUUCCAGGAAAUGCUUAUUUAUUUCAGAAACCUCAUAAAUUGAUGCGUAAAUUACAGACAACCACCCCAUAUUUAGGUGGUGGUAAUAGUUA